AGCCCAGGCUCGAGCCGGCCGCGGCGGCCCCUCGCGCGCCAGGGGCGCGGCGCGACGAGGGCCCGGAUUCGAUGGCGCACCCCACCCUGGUGCCGCCGGAGCUCCGCCCACCAGCUGGCGGCACUCCGAGAAGGGUCGGGAGGUCCGACGGCGGCGGGCGCCUGAGCAGCGGCCCGGGCGCGGGCGUGGACGCCGCGGGGCAGGCGCCCGCGCCGCUGGGGCUCAACCUGGGCUCGUUGCUGAGGGGGCUCCAACACGGGGCCGUGCCGGGUGCCGACCCGAACGUCUCCUUCCUGUGUCACAAGUACACGACGCUCGUGGAGCGGCUGCGACGAGCAGAGG